GCAUUUACAAAUUAUUAAACGCAGGCGCAGCGCAACUGAAGCAUCUCAUUAUAUACCCCCAAAUUCACAGUUGUACUUGUGCCCGUCACCGCCGCCACCACCUUCCCUUCGUAUAUUUCUGCGUUUUGCAUGUCCCUCUCUCUCUCUCUCCACAGGACCAAAACCAGCCUUUUCUCUCUAGCUGGAACUCUCUCUCUCUCUCUCUGUCUCUCUCUCUCUCUCUCUGUUUCCAUCCAUGGCGAUCGCGGACUCGCACGAUGGAGGCGUAGGCGCGAAAUCGAGUCCGCACCACGACUCGGAUCUCAACCUCUCUAUCAGGAGGAGACCCAGCGCUGGAACUGCCAGAGCUGUUCCCGACUCGUCCCCGACGGCGGACUCUUCGGGAGCUAAGAGCUCCGUUGUUGGUUCGCCCAGCGACGGUUCCCCGGCCGGACUGAGGUCUGAUGACGAUCGGACAGAGCCGGCGAAAGAUUCUGGAGAAAGGAUUCGAAGCGGUGAGAACGGAGGGGUCGAUGCUACCUUGAAGUUUGCUCAUCGGCCGUCUGUCCCCGCUCACAGUAGAAUCAGGGAGAGUCCUCUUAGUUCCAAUGCUAUUUUCAAGCAGAGCCACGCAGGCCUCUUCAACCUCUGUAUUGUGGUGCUUGUUGCUGUAAACAGCAGGCUUAUCAUUGAGAAUUUAAUGAAGUAUGGAUUACUAAUUGGGUCUGAUUUUUGGUUUAAUUCGAAUUCGUUGAGGGAUUGGCCCCUUCUUAUGUGCUGUCUUAGUCUACCAAUCUUCCCGCUUGCUGCUUUUAUAGUUGAGAAGUUGGCACAAGAGAAAUAUAUAGCUGAAACAGUUGUUGUGUUCCUUCACCUAAUAAUAACUACAACUGCUGUCUUGUGCCCAGUUUUUGUGAUUCUGAGGUGUGAUUCAGCUGUCUUAUCUGGUGUCACAUUAAUGCUAUUCGCUUGCAUUGUGUGGUUAAAAUUGGUUUCUUAUGCACAUACAAGCUACGAUAUGCGAGCACUUGCCAAGUCAGCUCAUAAGGAGGAAGACUUUUCUGGAUCAGAGAAUAUAGAGCAUCCUUACAGCGUUAGUUUCAGGAAUCUGGCAUACUUCAUGGUUGCUCCGACAUUAUGUUACCAGCCAAGCUAUCCUCGUACUGCAUGUAUUCGUAAAGGCUGGGUGAUUCGACAACUAGUCAAGUUGGUGAUGUUUACAGGUCUUAUGGGAUUUAUCAUUGAACAAUAUAUUAAUCCAAUUGUCCAGAAUUCUCAGCACCCUUUAAAAGGGAAUCUUUUAUAUGCCCUAGAGAGGGUUUUGAAGCUCUCAGUUCCAACUUUGUAUGUGUGGCUCUGCAUGUUCUAUUGCUUUUUUCAUCUCUGGCUAAAUAUCCUUGCUGAGCUUCUUCGUUUUGGUGAUCGUGAGUUCUACAAAGAUUGGUGGAAUGCAAGAACAGUUGAUGAGUACUGGAGAAUGUGGAAUAUGCCUGUUCACAAAUGGAUGCUUCGCCAUAUCUAUUUUCCAUGCCUACGAAAUGGGAUACCAAAGGUAGUUGCAAUCCUGAUUGCCUUCAUUGUGUCUGCCAUCUUCCAUGAGCUAUGCAUUGCUGUUCCUUGCCACAUGUUCAAAUUAUGGGCCUUCAUUGGAAUUAUGUUUCAGAUUCCCUUGGUGUUUGUCACAAAUUACCUGCGAAACAAGUUCAGAAGUUCUAUGGUUGGGAAUAUGAUCUUCUGGCUAUUUUUCAGCAUUCUUGGUCAACCAAUGUGUGUGCUUUUAUACUAUCAUGAUUUGAUAAAUCAGCAAGGGAGGACCGAAUCAACUUCCAGCCGCUGAAACACAUCGUUGAUUGGCAGAUGAAAGCUUCGGAAAGGAUGUUGCUCUGGUCAUUUCUGGCAUGGGGACUGCUAUUGAGGUGUUCAUCUGUAUCUUUUCUUUCCAUUUUCCUUAUCGCAAUUGUGGUAUGCGGAUGAGGCAUCGAAAUUUUGUGAAUUAAGUUCAUGUGCAAAAACAAUUUUGUUGAAAACAUAAUGCUUCGUCAGUCAUUGUUGUUGAAAAAAAAGAAAAAAAUGUAACUUCGUUUCAGCCUCAGCUGUUCAAUUAUUAGUGGAAAAUUUGUAAA